AACAGCUUCUCCUGCGGCUUCUUCACACAGCCUGGGGCCAGCCAAGGAGUUGCCCCUCUCGAACGCCCCAGCAAAGUCAGGAAAGCCCCUUCCGGCACGCACGAGCACGCUCUCACCCUCGCCGCUGCUCUAGCAACCAAGCUUCCUGAUCGGGUUGAAGAAUGGACGCGGACCGGCCUGAAAGCCGUGACCGAAGAGCAGCGCGCGAGCAUCGAGAGUUUCCUGGCGUCAGAGACGCAGGCAGCCGCAGAGUCGCAGAGCGCUUCCGAGAGCCUUGACACCGUCCCGCCUCUGGUGCACUCCGAAGAAGUGGACCUCAACGAACGGCCCUCGCGCGCUCAGCGCGGCCGGCGCUCUUUCGGCGGCUUCCUCGCUGACACUCUCUCGUCCCAGAGCAGAAUCCGGCGCCGCUCCGAGUCCGGCAGCUUUCUCUCCCCGGAGCGCUGCUCCCCAGGCAAGCGGUGGUCCUUCUUCCGCUUCUCAACGCAACCGGGGAAGAGCCCCGCCCGCUCCGACCAGUCGAGCCUCCCGAGCAGCCCCGUCCGUGAGCAUGACGUCAUCGUCCCAAAACCACGCAAGCGUGCCAUAAGCGACGGCGGCCGCAGAUCCGAGCCCGUGUUCAGCCUCUCCCCAAUCCGGACGUACGCGUCUCUCCCGCCACCGCCAGAACCGCCGACAGCUGGUCGGAGGUCGUUAACUGGGGCCAGCAAAGCGGGGCUCAUGGACCAGCCGGCGACCGGGGAGAGCCAACCGGGGACUCCAACGCUGCCAGACAUGCCCCGGGUUAACACAAUCCGGUCGAAGGAUCUCCCCCCUCCUUGGAGCGCCCCAAACAGUCCCCCCGCAGAGAGACCUCCCUGGAACGCCCCAAACAGCCCCCCUCCCCGGUGGAGAGGCCCCAAGAGUCCGCCGUCGAACCCGCGCCCGGUGAAGACUUCCCGGGCUUCCGCGCUGACGUCAUCUGUUCCGAGCAAGGCCCCGAGCCCCGGUGCAAGCCCCCGAGCGAGUGUGCUGAGGUGGAGCAGCUUCAGGGAGCCCCCGGCUUUUACGACUCCCAAGACGAAGGACGGGUUUGCCAGGCAAUCUGGGAAGAGAGCGUCUGAUCCUCCGGGCGAAGCUGUCGUGACACCCGGUGCGACGCGUCAGAACCAGAGCGCCCCGGUCUCGCCAAGGGGAAAGGAAGGCAAGUCUCUGUGGAAGUCCGGCGAGAAGGCGAGGCUGAGUGACAAGCGAAAGUCCGGCGAGUCUGCGAAAGGGGCUUCGCCGGCCGCAGCCAGAGUGCUGUCUCCCCCGCCAAAGCGAACGUUCUCGCACGAGACGGAAGAUUUGCUCUGGGCCGAGCAGGCGCGAAAGAAGGGCAAGCUGACGAGCCCGGUGAAGACCCCCGGGGGCGAGAAGCGCGUCGGGCGGACGGAAGAGCGCCCCCAGUGGAACGAACCGGCGUGGAACCGGAAGGCCAAGCAGAAGCAGUCGCUCAGCCCGAAGAAGCGGUACUCCAAGGUGCGCAGCGCGUCCAAGAGCCCCGUCCGAAUGCUGUCCGCGAAGAAGGGCGCCAAGCGCAAGUCGAACGACCUGGAGCAGCCGCUUCUGACCGCGGAUGACUCGUUUGCGGACGGCAAGCUGCCAAACGCCAACGAGAGCGCGGGCGCGGAGGAUCUGCAGCUGCUCGGGAGUGCUGUAAAGGUGGCAAUUGAUGCGAUUCCGGGAAUUUCUGCCCCGGAGAAUCUUCCCCCGGUGAUUCCUGCUACUGAAGCCGAAAAUCUCAGCCCCAGAACCCUAGGCUUCCGCUCCAACACGGACGAUUGUCCGGAAGCCGAGGAUGCUGAAAGCUGGGAGAAGACGGUCGAGACGGCCUUUAGUGGACCGGAACCGGAACCGGAAAAGGAAACGGAACCAGCGGAAGAGUCGCCGACGCCCGUCUCGGAGCAGAAGCGGAUUCGAAGCCCCGGGAUGCAGAUGCGCGCCGACCCCCGCCCCAUGACCUCGAGCGGCAUCCGAUACGAGAACCCCCUGUAUGACGUCACCAUGACCGUGUCGUCGGACAAGAUGAGUGACGUCAUCACGACCGCCGCGCGGUUCGAGCAGGACCGGGCGUUGGAGGCAAUCGAGGAGGGCGCGCGCGAGGGGCGUCGCGAGAGCGGCGGGAUCGGGCGCGGCGGCCGGCCGACCAGCCCCGUCGGGUUCCGGCUGACGGCGGAACGGAGCGUGAACAAGCCGGCGGAAUCGGCGGAAGCGGGUGAAUACAAGCCGGAGGCGUCCACCGACUCGGCCGAGAACUGGCUGACCCGCAAGUCGCUCACGCCCGCCAGCUCGCAGAAGGCGUUGUCGUCCAACGAGGAGACGUGGCUGUUCGCUGCGGAGGAAGAGGUUCCGGCGGCGGAACGGAACGCCACGUGGCAGCAGGAGGGCAUGGCAGUGACGGGCGGCAAGCUGACGGUGGCGGAGUGGCUGAAGCAGUUCGCGCCCGAAGGAAGCGAAGGAGACGGAGUUGCUGGGGAUGAUUCGGAGCGAGGGGAUGCGGUUGCACAGAAGAAAGUUACUGCGGGGAACGGCCAUAAGGAGGACGCGACCGGUGAGGGGUGGGAGGUUUCGGAUUUGGUCGGCGUUGCGAAGGAGAUAGGAAGCGAGGGAAAGGAGAGGUCGAGUUGCUCGCUCUUUGACGGCCUGCUGAUAAAUGACACGAGCACGGGCGCAAAGAAUGAGGUCGUGGAAGCUAACGGGUACAGCGUUGAGAGUCCUGGCAAUGGCGCCGCAGAAGGAGACGGCAGCGCACUCCGAACAGAGGCUCGAGUCCACACGUCGGAGCAGGAGCGACGGGAAGAGAAGAAUCCGCAAGAGGCGAACGGAUUGGCAGCGGAAUGGAAGCCACCGGAAGACAAUCCGCUCGGAGAAGCUCAGGAGAGCGAGUCGCCCAACGGCGCGCUGCGGGAGUUUGCGGGCGCGGGCGCGCGCAGAGUGCGCGCGGAACAAGGGGGCGACUCGCUCGGAUGGAGCCAAGACGAAGUGAUGAUGACCUCAGUGACGUGGGAGUCGCUCAUUCGCGAAAAGCAGGAGCUCACGAUUGAGGCGGCCGUCCCUGAAGCAAUUGCACAUCCGCACUUCUCCGAAGUCUGCUCCUCUCAAGACGAGUCAGAGAAGUCUUUCCAAGCUGAUGAUAAGACGGAACAGAAGGGCAAACCCGCGGAGAAGGAAGGGGAGCGAGCCAGAAGCCCAGUGCGGAAAGUGGGAGCAGGCAUUGAGGAACAGGUUGCGUUCUUUGAGGCGAAGGCGUCUAUUGCUGCGGACGUCUCUCCCGCAAAAUCACAGGACAUCGCAGUGCAGAACGGUCAUCCAAAGACGGGUUCAGUUCCGGGAGCUCUGGCGGAGUUUGCCGAAGAGACGGCAAAGAAGGAAGGAUGGCAGGAGAAGGCAGCGAAGGAAGCGGGCGGAACAGCCGCGGAAACGGAAAGCGAGGAUGGAGAGAACGAGAGCGGCGGUGAGGACGACGCAAAGGCCGUCGAGCGACACGUGUCCGAAGCUGGACCAUUUGAUGAGGCCGCGGGAGCAGAGCUGAGAGGAGGGGCGCAGAAGGUUCCAAACGGAGUCUCGCAUUUGGACGGAGAAGAAUCUUGGGAGGUUGUGAGCGAGCGAGACUUUGAGGAAGUUCUGGGAGAGACGAGACUUGAAGUGGGAGAGAAAGGCCAGGAAGUAGGCGGAUCUGGGGCGAAUCAGACGAAGGACGGUGGGGUGGGAGAGGGCCAGUCUCAGGGGGACGAACAAGGGCUGCUGGGAGACGAAGCCGUAACUCGGGAGGAGAGAAGACUGUCGACGCAAGGGAUGAUCUUGUAUCUUGGGAAGGGGGAAAUCGAUAUGUCGGAGGUUUUCAGUGACGAGGAGAGCGAGGGCCAGGAUGAAGAGUCUCCCAUGCGCAGAGGAGUUUUGGCGAGCGGAGACGAGGAGAUGAACGGGAAGUGGGGUCCGCACGGCAACGAGAGAGGGAGUCUUUCGGAUCCAGGACUUGAGGUUGUGAAGGUGGCUGCAGAGAAUGGAGAGGAAGUUCCGGCAGCGGCGCAGAAGCUUCCCGUGCAAGCGGACGGAACGGAAGAACCUCCAGCGGAAACGGAUGAAACGGAACCCCCAGUUGCACUUGUGCAGAAUGGUCACCACCAGCUCCUGGAUGGCCCUGUUGGACGUGAAGAGCUGGCAACUGCUCUGAUUCCGGUUCGUGCAGCGGAGAUCGAGAACGGAAACGGAAGCGGCGGCGGAGUAGCAGAGGAGAGCAUGCUGGCGGUGAUCGGCGGCGGUGUCAAUGACGGCCACGUGGAAGGCGCGGAACAAGGCCACGCGGCGGAACGGCCGGAAGCGCAGGAUGAGGAAGAGGAGGAUGACGUCACGAGCGACGCUGCGACGGGGCAAGGGGGCGGUCAGAGUGACUUCACUGACGCGGAGAAUGACGACAUCCCAGUCUCUUCCAAUGCGAUGCAGUCCGCUUGGCAGGAGAGUGACAUGAACAUGAACCUCGUGGCGUCUGAAACGGAGUACUGGCCCGACCAAGAAGCGCUUCCAGCGGCCCCUCAGUUCGCGAUGUUCCCUCCGGAGCCCCGGAAGCCGCCGCCACAUCCAGCAAUCCAGAUUGCGAAGGUCGGCGGCAUUCUGGCACACGCGGCUGUGAAGACUGGAGUUGGGAUGAGCUACAUCACGCUGCAGCAGUGCGGAGUCCUCGCCAGAGUUGCAACUGGAAUCCUUAUUGACGAUGCAAAAAGUGUCACGGGCGGUCUGUUCAAGUUCACUGGUAGAAUGCUCGGUUUUGGGUGAGUGUAGCACUUGUAGGAUGUUCGAUUUCAGUUGAGAGUAGUAUAUUGCCAAAAGGAGCCUCCAAAGUAGGUCAUAUCUGCGUUUACCAUGUAAAAGGCAUCUAGGGGUAAAAGUCAAAGUCAUGUCAGAUGCAGAGGGUUGUUACUGUCGUAGUCGAAGAGUGUAUUCAUAUGCAGCGGAAUUGAAAGCGUGAACUUUAGUU